AUGCCGGAACCAAGCACCUGGAGAUGCUGGCUGGAAAUGGGAAAUAGCCAUGAGAACAGAAGACCUGGAUACCGAUUCGGAGAGUGGACAAUGAAGGUUAUUCACAGCUAUCUCGGCCCAUUCCGUGGGAACUUGAUGACACAGACGCAGAAGAAAUCGCCGUCUCAAAUUUUCCGGAUACAAGAGCUCAAGGAGAUCGCAGAGUGCAUCUAG